UAAACAGUAACAUGUUUUCGACUCCACUGCAUUUUCAACAAGCCUUUUUGGACUUCAGCUCCAGAUCGUGUGGAGGAGGGGAUAGAGGUCUGCCAAAUCUUGAGCAGACUUUUGGCGUUUCCCACUGAUGCAGGGUUUGCUGAACUGUAAAGACCUCUUGUUUUUAUAUCUUCAACGCUGAGAACUUGCACUGCUGCUGCAAUGACGACCUUUGAUGACCUGCUGGAGGAGGCUGGGACUUUUGGACGCUGUCAGAUGCGUAUCUUCGCCCUGCUGUGUCUGGUGUCAUUGCCUAUGGCAGGUGUGUAUGUCGGCAUCGUCUUCCAGGGUUUCACCCCAGAUCACUGGUGUCGGGACCCUGCGGUGGUGGAGAGGAGGCAAGCGUGCGGCUGGAGCCUGGCGGAGAGUCGCAGGCUGACGGUCCCUCUGGUCAACAUCUCUGGGCUGCUGCAGCAGAGCAGCUGUGAGCAGUACGAGGUGGACUGGAACACCACAGCGCUCACCUGUGAUACACAGGAACUGGAACUCCGUGGGGUCCCAGUUACUGCGUGCAAGAAUGGCUGGGAGUAUCAGUAUGAAGGCAGGAAGUCCUUUGUCACAGAGUUUAACCUGGUGUGUUCAGAUGGAUGGUUUGUGGACAUGAACCAGUCCACUCUCAAUUUGGGCUUCCUUAUUGGCAGCUUUGCUUUUGGUUUCUUUGCUGACAGGUUUGGCAGGAAGAUCAGUUUCCUGAUGUCCAACAUAAUGAAUGCGAUCGCAGGGAUUGCUCUGGCUUUGGCUCCAAACUACAUCUCCAUCCUGGUGUUGAGGGCCAUCUUUGGCUUCGGAGCCAAAGGGGGCUGGAUGUCCUCCUAUGUGCUGCUCACAGAGAUAGUUGGAGUGGAGUACAGACGGAUGGUGGGCAUUUUGUACCAGAUGUUCUUCAGCGUGGGCGUCCUCAUCCUCCCACUGCUGGCCUACUUCAUCACUGACUGGCGCUGGCUGCAGGUCGUCAUCACAGUUCCCUACAUCCUUUUCCUGUCUUACUACUGGUUUAUCCCAGAGUCUCCGAGGUGGCUCAUCUCUCAGAACAAGUCUUCCAAAGCUCUGGAGAUCACUGAAGCUAUGGCUAAGGAGAACAAGAGGAAACUCAAGAACUCUGUGACUCUGACUGACGAGGAGGGUGACUCUUCCUCUGCCUCUCUGCUGGACCUCGUCAGAACUCCAAACAUGAGAAAACACACUUUCAUCCUCAUGUUCAACUGGUUCACCACCGCCGUGGUUUAUCAAGGCCUCAUCAUGCGGGUGGGGAUAGCAGGAGGAAACGUCUACAUCGACUUCCUCAUCUCUGGCCUGGUGGAGUUCCCUGCUGCCUUCCUCAUCCUCUUCACCAUCGAACGUGUCGGCAGGCGUAUUCCCUUCUCCUCCGCCAACAUCGUGGCCGGAGCUGCCUGCUUCAUCACCGCCUUCAUCCCUGACAGCAUGUACUGGUUUAAGACGGUGGUGGCCUGCAUCGGUCGGCUGGGCAUCACCAUGGCCUUUGAGAUGGUGGUGUUUGUUAACACCGAGCUCUACCCAACAUACAUCAGGAACAUGGGUGUGUCAGUUUGUUCCACCCUGUGUGACAUCGGAGGCAUCGUGUCUCCCUUCCUGCUCUACAGACUGGCGGUCAUCUGGCUGGAGCUGCCGCUCAUCAUCUUUGGGGUGGUCGCGUUCAUAGCUGGAGGUUUGGUGUUGCUCCUGCCUGAAACCAGAGGAGUUCCUCUGCCUGAGACCAUUGAUGAUGUUGAGUUUCCUAACAGGAAAAAAGAGGAUGUAGUGGAAAACCAACAAAUGAAGAAACCUUUAAAAACAGACCUGACAAACAACAAGGAAGCAACAACUGUGUGACUGAUGUGUGCCCGU